CGCUCAACGCAGUCAGUCGGCCGCGCAGCUUGGUGCGCGACGUUCGUUUGCGGAGGGCUCCGGUCACGUCUCUUCUGUGUGGGUUCGGCAGCCCCGCGAGUGCGAGCGAGACAGCGCACCGGUGGUGUGAGUGAGACACUCGAGAAAGAGACCGCGCUAUGGCAGUGUCGCAACCUCGCCCACCUGACCGUGUUGAUGCCGCGCUCGAAAAAGUUGCGCCGUUGCGCUAUUUGGAGGCGCACGAAUGUGCUCGCACGGAGCGUGCAGUGACGCGUUAUUAUCACAAAACCCUGUCUAACCACAGUUUUUUGAGUUACAAAAGACAUUUUCAACGUAAUACUGAAGACUUUACUGUGUUACAACAAAUUAUUCAACGGUGAAAGUGUGAUGGGCAUCUGAGCAUCAUGAUGAAGCGCACAGCGGUCCCACGUUUGGGCCCCGAUGAGCCCCCACCACUGCCCCCCCAAACUGUCUCCCAGAUUCAGCAAGCAGGAGCAAGCAACAUGCAUACUUUGGCCCAAUCGGCCCAACCACAAAUAUUAGGAGCGACGCCGAUGCUGUCGGUGGGUGGCGGGGGGGCGUUCCGCGGCUCGCGCGCAGGCGCGCCGGCCGUCAUCAACUACCUGAAGGCGGGCGUGCAGGCCGUGCAGUACGCGCCCAAGCAGCCCGCGCCGCACCACCCGCACCCCGCGCCGCCCGCCGUGCCGCGGCUCAAAGUUAACAUACCGCCAUCUCCGGGUCUCGGGCAGCCCCCAGCCGUGUCCCUGCACGGGCGGGCGUCCCCUGCGCCGGCCGCGCCCCCGCUGGCGGGUCCUCCCGGCCCCCCGGGCGCUGUGGGGCCCCCAGGAGCCGUGGGCCCACCCGUUGGCGCCGUCGCCGGCGGCGCUGCGCAGUUCCAACGCCUCAAGGUCGAGGACGCGCUGUCCUACCUCGACCAGGUCAAAUACAAGUUCAACACGCAGCCCCAAGUCUACAAUGACUUCCUCGAUAUCAUGAAGGAGUUCAAGAGUCAAACCAUCGACACGCCCGGAGUCAUCACACGGGUCUCCAACCUGUUCAAGGGCCACCCCGAACUCAUUGUUGGGUUCAACACCUUCCUACCACCUGGGUACAAGAUUGAAGUUCAGAGUAAUGGGCAGGUGUCGGUGUCCAUGCCGUCUCCGACGGGGCUGGGCGGCGGCGGGGUGCUGCUGGGCGUGCACCACGCGCCGCCGCAGCCACAGCUGGUGCAUCUACUGCCGGUGGCGCCGUCUGUCAGCAGCGCCAUCGUCCACAACCUGUCUGUGAGCGCGGCCCCCGCCAACACGCUGCACCAUAUAUCGCAAGCUCAUCAGCAGAUUGAGGCUGCGGCGAUACACCAUCAGCAACCUGGCGCAGCGCCAGCCCCCGGCGGCGCCGGCCACGCGCCCGCUCCACCAGGACAACCGGUGGAGUUCAACCAUGCCAUCGAGUAUGUUAACAAGAUCAAGUCGCGGUUCUCGCGGCAACCGGACAAGUACAAGCGGUUCCUGGAGAUACUGCACGCGUAUCAGCGCGGGCACAGAGACGUCAAGGAGCCGCAGGCGAAGCAGCAGACGGAACAAGAGGUUUACUCGCAGGUGGCGAAGCUGUUCGAGAACCAGGAGGACCUGCUGGCGGAGUUCGGCCAGUUCCUGCCGGACGCCAAGGCCGUGACCAAGCCCGCCGCGUACCCCGCGCAUGCGCGCGACGACACGCUGCUGCCGCCGCCGCAGCUGCGUGAGGGUGAGCUGGGCACGACGUCGCCGCCGCUGCCGCAGCACCAUCCCUUGCCGCAACAUCAUGCGCACACGCAGCAGGUGGCGAAGCACCCGGCCCCCGCCCCGCUGCCGCCGGCGACCACCCCACACCACCAUCUCAAGAGAUCACCCAGCUUCUCCUCUAGUACGCCAUUGUCGGGCGGAGCGCCGCCGGCCAAGAAGGCGCGCGUGGGCGCGUGGGCGGGCGCGGGCGUGCGCGACGUGUCGUACGCGGAGGCGGCCAAGCUGGCCACGGCGCACGACUACAGCUUCUUCGACAAGGCGCGCAAGGCGCUGCGCUCGCAGCACGUCUACGACAACUUCCUCAGAUGCCUGCUGCUGUUCACGAACGAGAUAAUCUCGUCGUCGGAGCUGGUGUGCGUGACGGCGCCGUUCCUGGUGCGGCAGCCCGAGCUGCACAAGUGGCUCACUGACUUCCUGCAGCCCGCCAGCCCGCCGCACACGCCCACGCACGCCGCGCACGCCGCACACGCCACGCAUGCGCACGCCGGCGCCAUACACCAGGGCUUCAGCAACUCGUACAAUACGGACCGCAGCGAGCGAAGCGACCGCGACACCAAGCGGUACGAGCCCAUCGGAGCGUACGGAGCACAGCUCAGACACGAGCGGCCUCAAGGAGACGCCGCUAUGGAUAUAGACCUGACCACCUGCAAGCGGCUCGGUACGUCGUACUGCGCGUUACCCCGCGAGGCAGCCGCGCGGCGCUGCUCAGGCCGCACGGCGCUGUGCCGUGAAGUGCUCAACGACACGUGGGUUUCCUUCCCCACCUGGAGUGAGGACUCCACGUUUGUCACCAGCCGGAAGACGCAAUAUGAAGAGUAUAUAUACAGGUGUGAAGAUGAGAGGUUUGAGCUGGACGUGGUGAUAGAGACGAACGCGGCCACGAUCCGGGUGCUGGAGGGCGUGCAGAAGAAGCUCUCCCGGAUGUCCCCCGAGGAGGCGGCCAAGUACCGGCUCGACGAGUGCCUCGGCGGACACUCGCCCACCAUCCACCAGCGGGCGCUGCGCCGGAUAUACGGUGACAAGGUGGCGGUGGAUAUUAUCGCUGGCCUCAAGAAAAACCCCGUGGUUGCUGUUCCCGUCGUGCUGAGGAGGCUGAAGGCUAAGGAGGAGGAAUGGAGAGAGGCGCAAAAGGGCUUCAACAAACAGUGGCGGGAACAGAACGAGAAGUAUUACCUGAAGUCCCUCGACCACCAAGGCAUCAACUUCAAGCAGAACGACCUGAAGGCGAUGCGGUCCAAGUCGCUGUUCAACGAGGUGGAGGCGGCGUACGCGGCGCGGCGGCCCGGGCCGCACCUCGUGGUCGACUACAACAUGCAGUCGCGGCAGGAAGCGAUCAAGAUUGUCCGCGACUGCGCGGAGCUGCUGAUCCACCACGCGCGGCGGCAGACGGCCAUACAGAAGGCGGAGAAGCGCCGCAUCAAGCAGCUGCUGCGGCAGUUCCUGCCCGACCUGUUCGCGCACCCGCGGCAACCACUCUCCGACGACGAGAACGACGAGGAGAAAGAAGAGCCGACGAGUCCUGGUAGCCCUGCUGCUGACGAGAAGGAAAAGGAUGGAGACAAAAACAGCGGCGACAAGGUCAAACAGGAGAAAGAGUCAUCCGAAUCUGACAAUGCGUCGGACAAGAGCGGCAAAAACAACAAGUAUGACAAAGAGAACAAACCUAAGAACAACAACACAGACGCCAAAAAUGACAAGGAUAGCACAAUGCCCGCAAACAACGUGAAGCGAAGCAACAGUAAUGAUGAGGUGAAGAAUGAGUUCAAAGACGAGAUUGAUGAUGACUAUAGAGACCAUCCACCUAAUGAGGCCAGGUUCGUGUGCACGUCGUCGUGGUACCUGUUCCUGCGGCUGCACGGCGUGGUGUGCCAGCGGCUGGCGGCGGCGCGGCGCACGGCGGCCGCGCUGCACGAGCAGGAGGCGCGCGACACCGGCGGACGCCACCCCAGCGUCGCCACCGCGCUGCGGCUCAAGCCCAACAACUUACCAGUGGACGCGUCGUCCCCCGCGACGUACUACACAGCACUGCUCGAGCUGGUGAAGGGAGUCCUGGACGGGAACACGGAGCCAGCAGCGUUCGAGGACGCCGCGAGAGAGAUGCUCGGCAUCCGAGCCUACCCCGCCUACACGCUCGACAAGCUCGUCUCCAUCGCUGUUAGACAGCUGCAGCACUGCGUGUCGGAGCCGUGGUCGGCGCGCGCCACGGAGCUGGCGGCGCGCGGCGGCAUGCGCGGCCCGCCCGCCUACGUGCGGCGCGCCGCGCGCUACCUGCGGCACGACCACGCCGCCUUCCUCGUCAAAGUGUACGGCGGCGACGAGUGCAAAGUGACGUUUGAGUUGUUGGAGGGGGCGGGGGAGGGCCGCACCUCCCCGCACAACAACGACACCAGCAGACUGUCGCCCACGCACCAGCGCGGCGGCCGCGGCGGCGAGGCGGUGGCGCGGCUGGCGGCGUGGUCGCUGUACACGGAGCGGUUCGCGCGGCCCCCCGCCACGCCGGCGGGGCCCGCCGCCGGCCCGGCCGCGCCGCGCGCCAACAAGCCCGUGUUCCUGCGCCGCUGCGCGCGCCGCACCGGCGGGGACCACCGCAACGUGGCGCCCGGCCCGCCCGCCGGCUCCACCGGUCGCGCGCGCCGCAAGCCGCUGCUGCACGACCACAGCGAGUGCACGCUGAGCUCGACGCUGCGGCUGCUGGCGGCGCGGCCGCAGCGCCUGUACCGGCCCGGCGCGCUGCGCGCCGCGCGCGCCUCGCACGCGCGCCUGCACGCCGCGCGCCGCGCCGCCUUCCGCGCCUGGAUGGCCGCCCGGCCCGGCGCCUAGCUCGACGGUACACACGGCGGGGGAGCCCUACAAGUGCACUUGACUCCGACGAUAUAGACGGCGACACGGGAAACCUCAGUGAGGCGCGGGCACUACGCUCGCCUUGCGAUAAACGUAUCUCAACCCCGUAGCGAUACAGUCGCGAGUUUUAAGCUUACAGUACCGCGCCGGUCCGUGAGCGCUGCGAGACGUACGAAGUCACGCAGUCGCGUCGAAGUAUCGACGAGUAGAUUUGAACUUUGAUCGGUAUUUCAAAACUGUCGGGCCACACUAGUCUGCCACUAAACAUGAGUGCUAUGUCAUACAGUCGAUCGCACUAAUAUAUAACACAAACAAUAAUAUAACAUCACCCUUGAGGGGUAGAAGAUGUAUAGUAUAUACAUUGUUUUAAGUUUACGCGGUUAUUAUCAUAAUUAAAACACAUAAUAACGGGUUCUUACCGCGUUCAAAUGGGGAUAUGAGACUCCCGAUAUUUCGACACUGUUGCAAGUGCCAUGAUCACGGGAUGACUGGAUCAUGGCACUUGCAACAGUGUCGAAAUAUCGGGAGUCUCAUAUCCCCACUUAAACUCAGGAGGAGCUCGGUGGCGCAGCGGUAAACGCGCUCGGUCUGCGAUUGUUGAAGUUAAGCAACUUUCGCAAAGGCCGGUCAUAGGAUGGGUGACCACAAAAAAAAGUUUUCAUCUCGAGCUCCUCCGUGCUUCGGAAGGCACGUUAAGCCGUUGGUCCCGGCUGCAUUAGCAGUCGUUAAUAACCACCAAUCCGCAUUGGGCCCGCGUGGUGGUUUAAGGCCCGAUCUCCCUAUCCAUCCAUAGAGAAGGCCCGUGCCCCUGCAGUGGGGACGUUAAUGGGCUGGUGAUGAUGAUAUACUCCUACUCACAAUACAUAAUACAUUAUGUAAUGUCGUAAAAAAACUCGAUUUCAAUUGUGAUCCAAACGUAAAUACAAACUCGUACCGCCUUACAAAUAAAAAAAUAACCAGGGAUGAACAUGUAUUUUAGGUAUUUGACAGCCAAGAAAAAUUUAGUCGAUAUAAUAAUAAUUGAAUUCAAUUUUACUUGGUUGUCAAUACUUAAACCAACGUUCAACCCUGGUUUAUUUUUUACUUGUAAGGCAGGUAAAGUCAAAUUAAGUGGUUUAUAGCUCAAAUCGGGACACUAGAUGUAAACCAAGCGUUCUUCGAACAUUUUACGGUAUUCGGACUAAUACAUUAAAUAUAUAUUAACAGCCUCCGUGGUCUAGUGGUUAGAGCGUAAGGCUCACGAUCUGGAGGUCCGGGUUCGAUUCCCGAUGGGGACAUUGUCGAAAUCACUUUGUGAGACUGUCCUUUGUUUGGUAAGGACUUUUCAGGCUUGAAUCACCUGAUUGUCCGAAAAAGUAAGAUGAUUCCGUGCUUCGGAGGGCAUGUUAAGCCGUUAGUCCCGGCUAUUAGCCGUAAAAAACACCUCCACCAACCCGCAUUGGAGCAGGGUGGUGGAGUAUGCUCCAUACCCCCUCCGGUUGAUUGAGGGGAGGCCUGUGCCCAGCAGUGGGACGUAUAUAGGCUGUUUACGUAACAAGUCCAGUCAAUUUUAUUGAACAAUAAUACUUAAACAAUUUGCACAAUAAAUUUACACGAUACUCUGCUAUUUACUGCACUCCGCCCCUGACUAGCCCUGAGCGGCUGAUGCCAGACAUGGCAGGGUCGCCAUAUAAGGUCAGGCUCGGGACGAGUGAAACAGCCGAGUAUCAUCUCAAGACUCCUUUAUUAAUGGAACCUUAGUCAUAUACUACUACACUACAAUGCCGAGCACAAAGGCGCCCAUUACACUGGCCACAUUUCCUCGCUCGGACACCCUUUGCGCCAAGAACAAUCCGUGGGGUCAUCUCCACUCUCUCUAACCGGCGUCCGAUUCCCGCUACAAAUUUCUUAGCAUCGCUACCCCAACAACCCGUCGUCUCAAAAGCAAACGGGACAAAAAUGUAGCCGCCUUCCAAAUCCCUAUAUUUAUCAUCAUCAUCAGCCCAUUAACGUCCCCACUGCUGGGGCACGGGCCUUCCCUAUGGAUGAAUAGGGAGAUCGGGCCUUAAACCACCACGCGGGCCCAGUGCGGAUUGAUGGUUAUUAACGACUGCGAUUGCAGCCGGAACCAACGUCUUAACGUGCCUUCCGAAGCAUGAAGGAGCUCGAGAUGAAAACUUCUUUUUUGUGGUCACCCAUCCUAUGACCGGCCUUUGCGAAAGUUGCUUAACUUCAACAAUCGCAGACCGAGCCCGCUUCCAUACAUGCAUGAAAUUGAAUUUGUAUCACGUUUCUAUGUUAUUGCGACCGACUGUAAACUACUAUGUACCAGUCUCAAGAUUUACUUUUGUUAUGAAUAUGGCUAUGAAAAGUGUUUUCAGAACUGUCUAGUAUCAAUAACUAUGAAUAAAAAUGUAAUUUUGAUCGUGAAACGUAUAACGCGUGUAUAUUUCACUAACAAAAUUAUCUCGACCAUUACAGACGGCGAUACGGCUCACCUAUCACGUUGGUCUAACUGAAAGCUCGGUGAGGUGUGGGUACUUAGUUCAUCUUGCGAUGAAUGUAUCUCUGACUACCCCAAUUGGGAUAUAGUCGUGAACUUAUGUUAAACGUGUAUAAUAGUACUUGAUACACCUUAAAAUGCUUGAGUUAAUUUUUAACUAUAUUAUACACUGCUAAGGAGGGGAAUUCUCUACCGUCUUCUGUAUUUCCGAAUGCAUAUAACCCGGGUGCUUUCAAGGCCAGAAUGAACAGGCACCUUCUGGGCGAGCUCCAUCUUCUCUCAAUGCCUUUGGGCAAGACUAGGGCCAAGAGCAAACCCAUCAAAGGUAAAAAAAAACCACGCAUACAUCCCUAAAAGGGUAGGCAGAGAUGUAUAGCAUACAGUGUGUUAGUGACACCGUAACGAAUACUGAGGGGGAUGGUUCAGACCAUGAUUCUGAGUUGAAAUCAAGUGGAAUUUUCUGUCGGAAAAUUCAUGUUUUUUUUGUGUUUUUUAAAUAAAAAAAUUGUGUUGAAUUAAUAGCAUCAAAUUUAUUUAUUCAAACAAUUAAAAACAAACACAUCUUAUAAAUAAAACACCUCCUCCAAUGCGUCACAUCGAGGCAAGGUGCCCAACAGGCUGGCAGCAUUACCCCUCUGAAUCGCCAGACUAAUUCUCUGACAGAAAUAACUACCAGCCCUAGCAUCUCCCGAAGCCCCAAUAAGACGCAUUAAUAGCAUUAGAGAUACAAUGGUGCUAAUUCCUGUAAAUACCAUCUAAUUUUAUUUUAAGUUAUAUCUGUCAUUUUCUUAUCCGCCGAAAAGGAAAGGGACGGGUAAUCGACAAGCAUAAAAUUUAUGGAACACACGUCAAUUUUAAGCACAAAUCUAAACCAACCGUCUAAAAAUUUUACAUCAGUCAAUAACCCGACACAGUUAAGUAGACAGCACGUCAAACGGAUUGCAUACCAGGGACGUACCUUUUGAUUCGCCCGGGUUAUUCAUUCAUUUACUCAUUCUUCUUAAAAUUAAGAGCUGUGAAUCAUCCGUCCCUUUCCUUUUCGACGGAUAUGAAAAUGACGGAUAUAACUUAAAAUAAAAUUAGGCGGUGUCUCCAGGAAUCGGGGCCAUUAUGUCACUUAAAAUUUUAAAAAAAUAUUUAUUAUUAUUUUUUUUAAUUAUAUCUGUUCCAAGCUUUUGCGACGGAAAAUUCCACUUGAUAUCGACUCGUAAAUGAUCUGAAUCAACCCUCAAAGUAUUCGUUACGAUGUCACAAACACCCUGUAUACACACCCCCUCCUCGCCAGCUAAGUUUAAGUCCUAUGUAAUAGAGGUUGAGUCUGUUAUCACUUGUGAAAACACUUUUUCAUACCCAUACUCAUCGUUCCUCCAAACUCCAACAAUGUUUGAUUUAAAUUUGAUUCUAAAAACGAAAAUAUUACACACAACAUUCUCCCCAAAACAUUGGUAACAUUAUAAGUACCGUAGAUAAAGCGCUUCAUACAACAACACGACGAAAACUUAGCUAUAAAUACUUAUACUUAGCUAAAGAUUCAAUAAAAUCGUCUAAAAAUUACGUAGGUAAUCAUGAGCAAUAUAAUGUACCCACUUUAGGACUCUGUCGCACUAACAUAUUUGACAUUUAGUGAGACUUACAGUUGAAUUUGUCAAAAAAGUUAAUGUGACAUGGUAUCAAAGUGUAUACUAAUGCUCGUGACCGUACGUUUCGUCUUAGCAUCUACAGCGUGGAGGAUUCGUAACGCGGUUGGGUUAUACAAAUCCACAUUGCCAGUUGGUCGCGUACUGUGGAAUGUUAGAGCAUGAACAUUGAACAGCUAUGUCUGCUCUAACUUUUCGUCACACUUUUUGAGCGCUCAUGAUCCAAUUCAUCAUCAAUUUAAGAGCCACGCUCUUGUCGGUGCAGCAUUUCCAUGCUACUUUUUAGGGAAAAAUACGGCAGUGGUUUCCCUCUUGCCUUCCGCCCCAUUUACGGUACUUAUAUAUGAAUGGUUGAUAAUUGUACUAAUGAUAAUAAUAUUCAUAAUUUUAAUAGUUAUCAUUGAACUCUGUCCGUUAUAUAAUGAGGAACACAGGGUAUGUCUGCGUAUCUAGAAUGUUUAGAUGAAUAUUGUGCCCGGCGAUUUUUGAAAUUGAGCUAUUGUGUGUUAUCUACAGAGAAAAAGUAAAAAUACUCACACAUUUUGAGUGAUUUUGCCUCGUUUUUGAUAGUAAUCGAAGUAGAAAUAAGUUUACAAUAAUACUUAAUUAUAUAAGGUCUGUUAUCCUUAAUGGGGUGGGUAAAGACACAAGUAUUCAGAAGAUUGUUAUGAUGAACCGUACAGUGAAAGGUGGUCACCCUCUUACCCAUAUAAUGCUCCCAUAAUUUUAGAAAAGACAAUCCCUCUGAACUUUUCUGCGAUGUGGGUAGACAAGCAGCUAAGUUACUAUCAAAAACGCUGUAGCUAGUUUUCAAUAGCUCUUAACGGGAAAAAUUAGGACCGAUUUCAAUGAUACAUUCAAAUGUUGCAUUUCUUUGGGAAAUCUCAUUUUAUGUCUAUGUUCCGCGCGUUAUGUUUUAAUGGCGCGCGGAGUAGAGGGCUCAUUAUACUUACUAAUACGACUGGGGUUGACGCGUGAUGAAAUAGCGACAUUUUUUGACGAAAAACUACAAUAAAAUGACCCAAAAAAGUUUGAUUGUUAAUAUAUUGUUGACAACGUAGUUUUUCGUGCAAAAGUUGCGGAUUGCGUUCGAAAAGUCGUCAAUUUGUAAUAAAUAUUGUUAAUUAUACGAUUUUUUUAAUAAAAUACGAACGGAAUCUGACAAAGUUGUUUAAAACCAAUCGUUACGCGCCACUCUCUAUGUAAGACCGUGUAAAUAUAGUUUUGUCGUGAUGGUAUGUAUAAAAUUAUGAUUCUGUACUAUCGACGCGGUGUACGUUCGAUGUACAUCCACCUGUAACAAAUUGCUGUACUGUUUUUGAUGUAACUUUCACCUGUUGUUUUGUAUAAAAUAGUGUGACUUUCCAAUCGGCGUUCCUCAAAAACACGAUGGAGUUGUUAAGUUUUUUCUUCGUUUAAACUUCUAAUUUAAUGGAUAAAAAACAUAUGUAUCUUUGUUUUUUGGUACAAAAGAUUACCCUUGUUAUUACACUAAGGUACAAUUGCUUCCACUCAUCAUUCUGAUCAAAAUAAAGAGAAGCAAUAUAGGUAGCAACAUCAUUCUAUUAGUUUUAUAUAUGCUUCUACCAUUUUAGAAUAAUUAUGUACCCCAGCAAUAAGAAAAUAGGUAAUUAUCACGUUAAAUGAACAACGCCAUCUAUCGUGUGCUUGGGGAACGUCGAUUGGAAACUCCCUCAUUUUCAGAGACUCUAUGAGGUUUUGAAUUUAUCGUUGAGAUUAUAAAUAAAUUAACAGGUUAAUAAACUCAUUUUUAACAUUUGUCAUACCAACCUUGAAUGAUAUGACUGAUGCAUUGAUUGAUGUACAUUGAGCGUGUAUCGCGCGACGGUGGGAUCGAGCCCUGAUCUCUCUCAAGUACACUGUAAAUAUAGCGAGCAAGAGACAGUAUGUACUAACUGUUGAACCAAUCUGGAAUAAAUAUUAUUAUAUUUAUAAUACAAA